AUGUGUAAGUGCAUAUUCAUCUCAGUGCAGUAUCCAGUUGCCCUGAUGAUUGUGAAAAAAUUAGCAAUUGAUGGAGAGAGACUUGACUACAGAAGAAUAGAUGAGCAAAGACUAAUAGAGAUCGAAAGAUGCACAAGCUCGUUGCUUUUGUCGAUGGGGAAUACACGUGUACAGGUUGUGUUCCAAUCUGAUGUAGCCAAGCCCUAUGUAGAUAAGCCCAGAGAGGGAGUGGUAGGGUUUUUUGCAUCUAUGGCUGGUAGAAGGCAUGAGAAGCUCUUAUGGUUUUUGAACAUGGUAUAUGUUAAGCAGAAGUGUGUUGAUCUUGAAGGUAUGUGUGUUAAGGCUGGCAAGGAGGUUAUGCGGGUGCAUGUUGAUUUUAGGUUUUUGUCGAUUGACGGGAAUGUUUACAGCAUUGCGAUUGCUGGAGUGAAUGCAGCACUGUCUGCUAUUGGAGUAAGCAUGAAUUUUCUGCCAAAAUGCUUUUUGUACUGUUCGGUGGAAGGAUGUAUUCUUAGUGAUCCCACUGAUGAUGAGUUUGAUGCAUGUGAUUGGCAUUGUAUUGUGGUGAUGAAAUCUAAGAAAGAGGUGGCCUUUCUUGAGAAGAUUGGCGAUGGGUGUGAGAUGUCGGCGAUCGAUGAGAUCAUCAGCAGAUCAGGAGUCAGUGUUUGA